AUGGCAGAAACACCUACCCCAAUCCCCCUGUGGUUGGACUGCGAUCCUGGUCACGAUGACGCAUUUGCAAUUCUUAUUGCCGCUCAUCAUCCGCAUUUGAAUCUCCUGGGCAUCACGACCAUCCACGGCAACGCAUCUCUGGAGAACACUACGGCCAACGCCGGUAGCAUUCUCGAGGCCAUUGGCCGUCCAGAAAUACCCGUCUAUCCAGGCAGCGAUUCUGGCCUCGACGGGACGGAUCUUUUGCCAAAGGCUACGGUUCCCCCGAUUACAGAUAAGAAUCCUAUACUUGCUAUGCGUGAUGCACUUCUCGCACAGCCAAAAGGGACCCCUUGGGUGGUCGCAACCGGGACACUUACUAACAUCGCCCUUCUUUUUGCGACAUUUCCCGAAGUGGCAGAGCAUGUCCAAGGUCUGACUAUAAUGGGAGGCGGGAUUGGAAAUGGAUUCACUAGUGCUCCCAUGAGCAGGCUGCCGGGGGAGCAUACAAGAAUCGGAAACAUAACACCAUAUGCCGAGUUCAACAUCUACUGUGAUCCGGAGGCUUCCCAGUCGAUCUUCAGCAACCCCAUCAUUGCCCCCAAGACCGCCAUCAUGGCUCUUGACCUGACACAUCAGGUCCUUGCUUCUCCCACCGUGCAAUCGCGCGUCCUUCACGGAUUGGACGAUCCAUCAGCGACCCCCACUGUCCUUCGCCGACUCUACCAUGAUCUCCUUGUCUUCUUCGCUGCGACUUACGACACUGUGUUUGGCCUAAGCUCAGGACCACCAUUGCAUGACCCUCUUGCUGUUGCGGCGGUCUUGUCAAACUUCAACCCUGUCUUUGCAAACCUGCAUCCGGACAAGGUCAUAAAGUUCGACGAUAACGGUGGAGAACGGUUUUCUAUUCAGAUUGUGACGGAUGGACUUCAUGGGAUGGAUGUGGCCAUCACGGGCGAACUGGGCCGCUCUAUCGCUGAGCCUGCGGAAGUCAAGGGAAUUGCUAUUCCCAGAGGAGUGGACUUGGAUGCUUUCUGGAAUUUGAUCUUGGAAUGUCUCCAGCGGGCAGAUGAUCACAAUGCUGCCCGAAAGGCAUGA